AUGCCCCUCCCAUCCGAUCCGGCAACCGUUGAAGUCGGCGCUCAACUCCCCCCCCACUUCCAAAAUGAAACACCCAUCCUAGCCCGCUUCUCCAGCUCAACAGGUCUCCCAGACCUCCCGGAUAAUAAUCCCAACGGCAACCCGCGCGGCCUGGCUAUACGAUUCGUUCUCGCCGAAUCACCUCGACGCCUACACACCGAUAUAAUAACCCACUCGACGCCAUUCUUCCCCGCAAAGGACGGUCCGGAUGCCCUCGCCUUCUUCAAAGCACUGGCAGACGGCUCGAUAUCAGACCAUCUAGCGACAUACCCGUCCGCGAAAGAAUUCGUCGAAGCGCCGAAACCAUUCCCGGUCAGUUUCGCCAGAGAGACCUUUUACGGCGUGAAUGCGUUCAAACUGAUCGCCGCUGAUGGGACGGUGACGUUUAUUCGGUAUCGAUUUGUGCCGCGACGUGGUGCGGCGCAUGUGGACGGCGAUCAGGUGGAGGGGUUAGCGGCGGGGUAUCUUUAUGAGCAGAUUCAGGAGGUACUGCCUCUAGGGCCGACUUUUGAUCUUGUGGCGCAGAUUGCGGAGGAAGGCGAUGUUACGGAUAAUUGCACUGUGCAGUGGCCGGAGAGUAGGAAGGUUGUCACGUUGGGGACUAUUAGUCUUGAUCGUGUGAGGGAGGAUAAUGAUGCGGAGCAGAAGAGGGUUAUUUUUGAUCCUGUGCCGAGAGUGCAGGGUGUUGAGUCUUCGGAUGAUCCGCUUAUUGAUGUGCGGGCUGCGCUUUAUUUGAUCAGUGGUAGGGAGAGGCGUGCUGCUUGA